AUGAACGAGGAGAGCCGAGGGGAUGGCCGCGCCGAGAGCGCCAAGGACCUGGAGAAACAGCUUCGCCUGCGCGUGUGCGUGCUCAGCGAGCUCCAGAAGACCGAGCGGGACUACGUGGGCACGCUGGAGUUCUUGGUGUCGGCAUUUUUACACCGAAUGAACCAGUGUGCUGCAUCCAAAGUUGACAAAAAUGUAACAGAAGAAACAGUGAAGAUGCUCUUCUCAAACAUCGAAGAUAUCCUUGCAGUACAUAAAGAAUUUUUAAAAGCUGUCGAAGAAUGCUUGCAUCCCGAACCUAACGCUCAACAAGAAGUGGGGACCUGCUUUCUACACUUUAAAGACAAGUUUCGUAUCUAUGAUGAAUAUUGUAGCAACCACGAGAAGGCACAAAAAUUGCUUCUUGAACUUAACAAAAUAAGAACAAUCCGGACGUUUCUUUUGAAUUGCAUGCUACUUGGAGGACGGAAGAACACAGAUGUUCCCUUGGAAGGUUAUUUAGUAACACCAAUACAAAGAAUAUGCAAGUACCCUCUCCUUUUGAAGGAGCUGCUGAAGCGGACUCCAAGGAAGCACAGUGACUACACCGCAGUGAUGGAAGCCCUCCAAGCCAUGAAAGCUGUCUGCUCCAACAUAAACGAGGCCAAGAGACAGAUGGAAAAAUUAGAAGUUUUAGAGGAAUGGCAGUCUCACAUUGAAGGCUGGGAGGGGUCCAACAUUACUGACACCUGUACUGAAAUGCUAAUGUGUGGAGUCUUAUUGAAAAUUUCUUCUGGAAAUAUUCAAGAACGGGUGUUCUUUCUUUUCGAUAAUCUUUUGGUGUAUUGCAAAAGAAAACACAGACGGUUGAAGAAUAGCAAGGCAGCUACAGAUGGACAUCGGUACCUUUUUCGUGGCCGGAUCAAUACAGAAGUGAUGGAAGUUGAGAAUGUGGAUGAUGGCACAGCUGACUUCCAUAGCAGUGGGCACGUCGUUGUUAAUGGGUGGAAGAUACAUAACACAGCCAAAAAUAAGUGGUUUGUGUGUAUGGCAAAAACACCCGAAGAGAAGCAUGAAUGGUUUGAAGCUAUUUUGAAAGAAAGAGAACGGCGAAAAGGUUUAAAAUUAGGAAUGGAGCAAGACACCUGGGUAAUGAUCUCCGAACAGGGUGAAAAACUUUACCAGAUGAUGUGCAGACAAGGAAAUCUGAUCAAAGACAGAAAGAGAAAAUUGACUACAUUCCCUAAAUGCUUUCUUGGAAGCGAAUUUGUGUCCUGGUUGUUAGAAAUUGGAGAGAUUCACAAGCCUGAGGAGGGUGUUCACUUGGGACAAGCAUUAUUAGAAAAUGGAAUCAUCCACCAUGUUACUGAUAAACAUCAGUUCAAACCAGAACAGAUGUUAUAUAGGUUUCGCUAUGAUGAUGGAACCUUUUAUCCAAGAAACGAGAUGCAGGAUGUGAUUUCAAAGGGUGUAAGACUGUAUUGCCGUCUUCAUAGUCUGUUUACUCCUGUGGUAAGAGAUAAAGAUUACCAUUUAAGGACCUACAAGUCUGUGGUUAUGGCCAACAAGCUGAUAGACUGGUUAAUUGCACAGGGGGAUUGCCGCACCAGGGAAGAGGCAAUGAUAUUUGGCGUUGGACUCUGUGACAAUGGAUUUAUGCACCAUGUCCUGGAAAAAAGUGAAUUCAAAGACGAACCCCUACUUUUCCGUUUUUUUGCGGAUGAAGAAAUGGAAGGAUCAAAUAUGAAGCAUCGACUUAUGAAGCAUGAUUUAAAAGUUGUAGAAAAUGUUAUAGCUAAAUCAUUACUGAUUAAAUCUAAUGAAGGCAGUUAUGGCUUUGGGUUAGAAGACAAAAAUAAAGUUCCAAUAAUAAAGUUGGUAGAAAAGGGGUCCAAUGCUGAGAUGGCUGGGAUGGAAGUUGGGAAGAAGAUUUUUGCUAUUAACGGUGACCUAGUUUUUAUGAGACCUUUCAAUGAAGUGGACUGCUUCCUGAAAUCGUGCUUAAACAGCAGAAAGCCACUCAGAGUUCUUGUCAGCACAAAGCCAAGGGAGACAGUGAAAAUUCCAGAUUCGGCUGAUGGACUUGGGUUCCAGAUCCGGGGAUUUGGCCCAUCAGUUGUGCAUGCGGUUGGGAGAGGAACUGUGGCUGCAGCAGCUGGUCUUCACCCUGGACAGUGUAUUAUCAAAGUAAAUGGAAUCAAUGUCAGCAAAGAGACCCACGCUAGCGUCAUUGCCCACCUGACAGCCUGCAGGAAAUACAGGCGACCAAUGAAGCAAGAUUCCAUACAGUGGGUUUAUGACAGCAUUGAGAGUGCUCAGGAAGACCUUCAGAAGUCCAACUCCAAACUCCCAGGAGAUGAGGCAGGGGAUGCUUUUAACUGCAAAGUCGAAGAGGUAAUUGACAAGUUCAACACCAUGGCCAUCAUCGAGGGGAAGAAGGAGCAUGUGAGCCUGACAGUGGAUAACGUGCACCUGGAAUACGGUGUCGUGUACGAGUAUGACAGCACAGCUGGGAUCAAGUGCAACAUGGUGGAGAAGAUGAUUGAGCCCAAAGGCUUCUUCAGCUUAACUGCCAAGAUUCUUGAAGCCCUGGCUAAAAGUGAUGAUCAUUUUGUACAAAGCUGCACCAGCCUUAACUCUUUAAAUGAAGUGAUUCCUGCCGACCUUCAGAGUAAAUUCAGUGCCAUUUGCAGUGAAAAAAUUGAGCAUGUAUGUCAGAGAAUAUCCAGCUAUAAAAAGUUUUCUCGUGUACUAAAGAAUAGAGCCUGGCCCACCUUUAAACAGGCCAAAUCUAAAAUCUCCCCAUUGCACAGCAGUGAUUUCUGCCCUACCAAUUGCCACAUCAAUGUGAUGGAAGUGUCUUAUCCCAAAACGUCAACCUCCCUAGGGAGUGCAUUUGGUGUUCAGUUGGACAGUAGGAAGCAUAAUUCUCAUGAUAAAGAAAAUAAAUCUGAGCAAGGGAAGCUGAGCCCUAUGGUGUACAUUCAGCAUACAAUUACAACCAUGGCGGCACCUUCCGGUCUGUCUCUGGGACAGCAAGAUGGGCAUGGGCUCCGGUAUUUGUUAAAGGAAGAAGACUUAGAAACCCAAGAUAUCUAUCAGAAACUGCUGGGAAAACUUCAGACUGCGCUGAAAGAGGUGGAGAUGUGUGUUUGUCAAAUAGAUGACCUUCUGUCUUCAAUAACAUAUUCUCCCAAACUAGAACGUAAGACCUCGGAGUCCAUGAUACCAACAGACAGUGACAAUGAGAAGGGGGAGAGAAACAGCAAAAGAGUCUGUUUUAAUGUAGCAGGCGAUGAACAAGAAGAUUCAGGCCACGACACUGUCAGCAACAGAGACUCUUACAGCGACUGCAACAGCAACAGGAAUUCCAUCGCCUCCUUCACCAGCGUUUGCAGCAGCCAGUGCAGCUCUUACUUCCACAGCGAUGAGAUGGACUCAGGUGACGAACUUCCCCUGAGUGUUCGCAUUUCUCAUGAUAAACAGGACAAGAUACACAGUUGCCUUGAGCAUCUUUUCAGCCAGGUGGAUUCAAUUACCAAUCUCCUAAAAGGGCAAGCUGUAAUGAGGGCCUUUGAGCAAACCAAGUACCUCACACCAGCUCGAGGAUUAGAAGAAUUUCAGCAGGAAAUGGAGCCUAAGCUGAGUUGUCCAAAAAGGUUAAGGCUUCACAUCAAGCAAGAUCCUUGGAAUCUUCCCAGCAGUGUCCGGAAUCUUGCACAGAACAUCAGAAAAUUUGUUGAAGAGGUGAAGUGUAGGGUGCUCCUUGCGCUUCUUGAAUAUUCAGACAGUGAGACACAGCUCCGGAGAGACAUGGUUUUCUGCCAAAGCCUCGUGGCCACCGUCUGUGCCUUCUCAGAGCAGCUCAUGGCGGCUUUAAACCAGAUGUUUGACAACAGCAAAGAGAAUGAAAUGGAAACUUGGGAAGCCAGCAGAAGGUGGCUAGACCAGAUAGCAAAUGCAGGCGUUCUUUUUCACUUUCAGUCCUUGCUGUCACCAAACCUGGCAGACGAACAAGCCAUGCUGGAAGAUACACUGAUUGCCCUAUUUGAUUUGGAGAAGGUUUCUUUUUACUUUAAACCAUCAGAAGAGGAGCCAUUGGUUGCAAAUGUGCCUCUUACAUAUCAAGCAGAAGGAAGCCGGCAAGCUCUUAAAGUGUAUUUCUCCAUCGAUAGUUAUCAUUUUGAACAACUGCCUCAACGGUUGAAAAAUGGAGGAGGAUUUAAAAUUCAUCCCGUUCUUUUUGCACAAGCACUGGAGAGCAUGGAGGGAUAUUAUUACAAAGACAAUGUUUCAGUGGAAGAAUUUCAAGCCCAGAUAAAUGCAGCCUCAUUGGAAAAGGUCAGACAGUACAACCAGAAGCUCAGGGCAUUCUACCUGGACAAGUCAAAUUCACCACCAAACUCCACAUCCAAAGCUGCUUAUGUAGAUAAGCUAAUGAGGCCUCUCAAUGCUUUGGAUGAACUCUAUCGACUCAUCGCCUCGUUUGUCAAAUCCAAGCGUACAGCAGCCUGUGCGAACACGGCAUGCAGCGCCUCCGGGGUUGGCCUGCUGUCAGUCUCCUCGGAGCUGUGCAACAGGCUGGGUGCCUGCCACGUCAUCAUGUGCAACAGCGGUGUGCACAGGUGCACCCUGAGCGUGACGCUGGAGCAGGCCAUCAUUCUGGCCAGAAGCCACGGGCUGCCUCCUCGCUACAUCAUGCAAGCCACUGAUGUGAUGCGGAAGCAGGGAGCAAGAGUUCAGAACACAGCAAAGAAUUUGGGAGUCAGAGACCGGACCCCGCAGUCUGCUCCAAGGUAAGCCUGUUCCCAGGUCUGUUCAUUUCUAGAAGGGUUUGCCAGCAUUUUCCAGGCAGUGUCACUAAAAGCUAAUGCAACUGUUCCAGGAUAUGCCCAGUGUAGAACUCAUUAUAAUAAUGGAAAUUGCUCUUGUAAACACCCUGUGGCUAAAUGUGAUUAGGCAUAAAUGCCCUAGAAUUAAAUGAAGUCUUAGGUGAAGCAAACUUAGAGGUAGCAGAUAGAAGUCUUGACAUUAUUUGAUUUUACAAAUUCCAUCAUGAGUUCAAAAACAAUAGUCCACACAAGUACUACUAAAAUUUGUAAUUUAGUUAUGUAAAGCUACAAAAAGCCACUUUUAUUUACAUCUUUAUGACGUUGCAUAUGCUAUUCCUUCUGACAUGUUUGCCUUGCUCAUCUGUGUCUGGAAGAGAAACUCCUACUU